CGCCGCCUUUGAACAAAAUAAUCCCUUCAUUUUUCUGAAGGUAUAGGGAAUAAUAUUUGAUUUCUCUCCUCACUGGAACAGUCUUAAAUGCUGCAAUAAGGGAAGUUACCUAUGGGAAGCUGGUUAAGCGAUUAGCUAAAGGGAAGGAAAGGACAUCAAAAUAAAGCAGUGCGGAGGAAUUUUUGUCAAGCUGUGAGACGACGGAGUGAGAAGCGUGAAGGCGAUUGAGAGGGGCUCAGGGAAUUGUCCUCUGUGCCAGGGACUUUCUUUAGGCCCCAGGCCCCGCCUGUCCCUAUCUUCAGCAGUGUUGCUUCACAGCUGCAAGUUUGAGCUGAAGAAAGCAGUGUCAAACGUAGGAAAAUAGAGGAACCUUGUAAGGACCCUUGCCCUAGAACUGUUAACUAGGAAGUUUUUGUUUGGGUCCUCUUUCUCAUAUAUAGACUUCCUCAGACUCCAGACUUGAAUCAUUUUGUUUUGGAGGUAGAAAGGAAUCCUGUCUGCCUCCUUGAUAUGAAUCUGGAUUCCAAACAUAGAGAUGGAAACCUUGAUGACUAGUUCCACCCUGCCUCCCCUUUUUGCAGAUGAAGAUGGCUCCAAGGAGAGUAAUGAUCUGGCUACAACUGGGUUAACCCAUCCAGAAGUUCCAUAUGGUAGUGGAGCCACAUCAUCCACUAACAAUCCAGAAUUUGUAGAGGAUCUCUCUCAAGGUCAGUUGCUUCAGAAUGAGUCUUCAAAUACAGCAGAAGGCAAUGAACAAAGGCACGAAGAUGAGCAAAGAAGUAAACGAGGAGGUUGGUCCAAAGGAAGAAAAAGGAAGAAACCUCUUCGAGACAGCAAUGCACCCAAAUCCCCCCUCACAGGAUAUGUCCGGUUCAUGAACGAGCGUCGAGAACAGCUUCGAGCAAAAAGACCAGAAGUCCCGUUUCCAGAAAUUACAAGGAUGUUAGGCAAUGAAUGGAGUAAACUUCCUCCUGAGGAAAAACAGCGCUACCUUGAUGAAGCAGACAGAGAUAAGGAGCGUUACAUGAAGGAACUGGAGCAGUAUCAGAAGACUGAGGCCUACAAGGUCUUCAGUAGGAAAACACAGGACCGUCAGAAAGGCAAAUCUCAUAGGCAAGAUGCAGCCCGACAGGCUACUCAUGAUCAUGAGAAAGAAGCAGAGGUAAAGGAACGGUCUGUUUUUGACAUCCCUAUAUUUACAGAGGAAUUCCUGAACCACAGCAAAGCUCGGGAGGCAGAGCUCCGUCAGCUUCGAAAAUCCAACAUGGAGUUUGAGGAGAGGAACGCAGCCCUGCAAAAGCACGUGGAGAGCAUGCGCACAGCGGUGGAGAAGCUGGAGGUGGACGUGAUCCAGGAGCGCAGCCGCAACACCGUCUUACAGCAGCACCUGGAGACCCUGCGGCAGGUGUUGACCAGCAGCUUUGCCAGCAUGCCCUUGCCUGGAAGUGGAGAGACACCUACAGUGGACACUAUCGACUCAUAUAUGAACAGACUGCACAGUAUUAUCUUAGCUAAUCCCCAAGACAAUGAAAACUUCAUAGCUACAGUUCGAGAAGUUGUGAACAGGCUUGAUCGUUAGGGAAUGGUCUCAGAGCUCCAAGAUGUUGUGUAAGUGGUUUUACUUGUUUGGAAUGAGAAGCCAUCCAUGGAAAUUUGAAUUGAGUGGAGGCAGAGAGGGAGUACAGAUUCCUCUGCUUAUGAAAGAACUGUCAUUUUUGAGUUAAAUGCCUUCACCUCAGGAAGCCAUAUGAGGGAGCAGCAAAAGGAACACGUAUGUGAACUUCCUAUGGAAUAGUCCUUGUGAAGCCUUGAAAGUGUACAGCCACUCUCCCAAGCCUUCAAUUUCCCUCAUCUCCAUUUCUGUUCAAGUGGGUCUGCAUAUAUUCCACUGACUACGCGCCCCUGAGACUGACAUCUUCUGCAGCAGAAGGGAAGCCUUCUCAUUGUUCUCCUUCGGAUCGGACCCUUUCAUCCGUGGCUCUGUGGUUGUGUCAGUGGUUUUCCUACCUAGCUGUCCCUUUUUUUUUAAUGCCUUUGGGGUUAUUUUUUUAUUCCCUUCACCCCCACCAAGUUAGAAGGCUGCGUUUUGUGACCUCUGGGCUUUGUUGCUCAGCAGGGUUCUGAAGGCGAGUUUCUCUCAUUGGACAGGCCCAAUCCUCUCCCAUCACUGUCCUGCUGUGACUCCAAAGAAAGGAGCUUCUUGUUGACAGUGUCCUGUGGAGCAAGGCUGUGUUUCCUACCUCACACAGCGCUCAGUGGGUGCCAGCCCUCUUCGAGGCUUUGUGAUUGCUGCCCUGAAGGAGAAUGCUCUUUCCUUCCUCCUUGGUGCUGCCUGCUGUUCUCUAAGCAUUGCUCCUGCACGUACCCUGUGUCCCAGCCCCAGCAAGGCUCUUCUGUUCCCAUCUGUUGGCAAUGACUUGUGAAGCGUUUUUGCUGAGGAAAAGGUCAUUGGUAAACAGGAGAGAACAGGGAAAGUAGGUUCUCAUGUGGUCUUGGAAAAAACCCUGAAGUUUAUCAUAAGUGAAAGCAGAGGGAAUCCCUUUCUGCUUAAGGCAGACCGAUUCAUGGAUAUGCCAAGUGGAAGUGUCCUUCAGAGUAGCUGACAGCAAAGGGCACGAGGAGUUCUCAUGUCCUCCAUCUUCCUUCUGUCAUCGUAACUGCAGAGCCUGUGUCAAAGGGACGGGCUUCCCUUCCUUCUCCCCACUUAGUAAGUGACAUUUUUUUACCACCAAAAGGGAAGAGGGGUUUCUGAUUCCCACCUCAGGGUUUGGUUGUGUUGUGUUGUGUUCUGAUGUUCUGGAGCAGAAGGCUGACGGUUGCAGCUGAGAUCUUUGGAACCAAAGCAGAGCUUGCUGAGCCCACAGUCUAGGCACCACGCCACUCAAGCAGGUGGACGUGUAACCCUGUCACAGUAUGCUCACGGGCCAGAGUGCAAGCCAGAAACCCCCAGCGUGUUACUGCACCAUCCUGUCUUCUCAGCAUCUCCUUCCCUGAUUUCUUCCCUACCCCAAAGAAAAUAAAACAACAACAAAAAAACAACCUUUUAAAAAAUUCUUACAUGAACACGCAUCAGAUUUCCAUGUACUGAAGCCCAUAUACCACUACUUGGCAAUGUUUUAGAAUAAGAGCCGAUCAUUGUCUAUUGCUGUAAACCUAGCCAACUCACCUGCUUUUCUGUAUCGUCCUGUUUUUCUGUAUCAUUCCUGUCACUUCUCUCAGACUCCUUUGCUAAAACUCACCGUCUAUGGCAGAAGGACAGCCACUCCAUUUCUGGAAGUCUGCAUCUGCCUUCUGCCAAAUUCUUUCUCUCCGUUCUUGGUUCCUCCUAAUAUUUCUCUCGGUUUCUCCUUUGUGUUAGUUUUGGGCAGCAUCGUUAACAAUGCUGUGGACCAGAAAAGGCUGUAACUUGGUCCAAAAAUCAUCAUUCUCCUGACCUUGAGGUAGGAUACCUGACACUGGAGACACCUGCAUAUUCAGACAUGCUCGAGAUCCUGAGAAACCUCCAGUCUGAAGUCACUUUUCCAAGGUAACAGCCCAGUUUUGACACACCGGCCCCGCCUAGUAGCAACACACCGGACUCACUAGCGGCUGGGAUUCAGCUGCCGCAAAACUAUCAGGUUCUGGGAAGCAGGUGUGCGUUGCCCCUGUCUCCUAGCCAGGAGGUAGAAGAGAGGUCCCAGGCUAACAGGAUACCUGAUUCACUUUCCCACUAAACUUGUAGAUAUUACAAUUACGUGUUCUUCCCAAGGAAAAAAGUUGUUGCCUAUUCAGUGUUACAGAUCUUUCUUUUUAGUAAAACAUAAGGAGCAGCUGAGGAAAGUGAGACAAAGUGUUUUAUUUCCGACCAAAUAAAAUUUUAGGAAAAAAAUUGUGUACAUGUGUUUGGAACUGUUGAAAUGCCAAGUUUUCUGUACAAGUGUUUUUGUAAUUAAACUUUUAGAUUUUCUUUGUUUUCUAAGAUGUCGAUACGCUUGCUUGACAUGUGCCUCAUUAAAACUUUUCUAUGUUGAA